UGAAAGGACUCUCCCAUUAUUUUCAGUUUUAAUAUUCAAGAUGAGUAGAAAGAAUUUUAAUUAAUUGUUAAGAAAGAAUUAUAAUUAAUUAAAAUAUAUUGUAUUUUUGAAGUUCGACAAGCUGAACGUUUACAUACUGUUUUGAAAGACGAAACAUUAAAUAUAUUUCCCUCCCCAAACCUCACCCCCUCCUUCGGCUCCACUGUGGGUUGAACUUAGCAAAACUGCCCAAUAGAGUGUAACGGCACGGUUUUGAAAAAGCGUUAGGAGAGGCUUGUAUUUUUCUUUGCAGGCGGAGUGGAAGAUUUUUUUUGUAAUUUUGUAUUAAGAAAAUUAAAAUGACUGAAGAAAGUUCUGUUAAGGUCUGUGUAAGGGUUCGCCCUGUAAUUUCGAGGGAGAUGGAAGUGGAUAGCUCUGUCACUUUGUACUGGAAAGAUGAAGAGCAUUGUGUUUCACAAAAUGAUGCCACGAAAUCUUUCACAUUUGAUCGAGUGUUCAGUGCUCAAGAAAACACUCUUACAGUCUAUCAGCAGAUCGCUCACCCUGUUGUGGUUUCUGCUCUAGAGGGUUAUAAUGGAACAGUUUUUGCUUAUGGCCAGACAUCAUCAGGAAAGACAUUUACAAUGAUGGGUGAUGAUGCUUCAUAUGGAAUCAUCCAACUGGCAAUUAAUGAUAUAUUUAAAUGUAUUGAUCAGACACCUCAGAGAGAAUUUCUUCUUCGUAUCUCUUACAUGGAAAUUUAUAAUGAAACAAUCACAGAUCUCCUGUGUGACAGUAGAAAAAAGAAGCCUUUAGAAAUUCGUGAGGAUAUUCAUAGAAAAGUUUAUGUUGCUGAUUUAACAGAAGAGGUUGUGAUGUGUCCUAAACAUGUCCUUGAGUGGAUUAAAAAAGGAGAAAAAAAUCGCCAUUAUGGAUAUACCAAAAUGAAUGAACGGAGUAGUCGAUCUCAUACAAUUUUCCGUAUGAUCCUGGAAAGCAGAGAAAAAAGUGACAGUGAUGCAGAGAAUGGUGCUGUUAUGGUGUCACAUCUGAACUUGGUUGACUUGGCAGGAAGCGAAAGAGCAAGCCAAACUGGUGCAGCAGGGCUACGCUUGAAAGAAGGGUGCAAUAUAAAUAAAAGUUUAUUCAUUCUUGGUCAAGUUAUCAAAAAACUAAGUGAUGGACAAGCAGGAGGUUUUAUAAACUACAGGGACAGUAAACUCACUCGAAUCCUCCAGAACUCCUUGGGAGGAAAUGCCAAGACCAUAAUAAUUUGCACAAUUACACCAGCUGCCCUGGAAGAAACACUAAGCACUCUUCAGUUUGCAAGUACUGCUAAGUACAUGAAAAAUGAACCUCGUGUCAAUGAGGUGUUGAGUGAGGAAGCAUUACUCAGAAGAUACAGAAAUCAAAUUGUUGAUCUUGAGAAGCUGCUGGAUGAGGUAUCUUCUAAGACUCGUUUACAUGCAACAGAGAAAGAACAUCUUACCAUUCUUUUACAAGAAAAGGAACAACUUCAAAGGGAGCAAGAAGAUAGGAUUAAAAAUUUGACCAAAAUGAUAAUUAACUCAUCAAAUUUUUCCUGCCAAGAACCUCCGAUUACAAACAAGAGAAGAGUUACUUGGGCUCCAGGGAAAUUAUUGCAGAGUUUACAGUCAAGCAAAAAAAUUAAGUUUGAUGAGACAAUGUCAUUUCAGCAGUCUGUUAAAUACAAAUUUGGAUCUACAACUUUACCAGAGUUUGAUUUGCUUGAUUCAACAGAGUUUGAUUUAGAAGGAUUUUCACACACUUCGGAUGAUACAACCAGUGAGAGAAAUUGCUCUAACAUCACAGUACAGAGGAGUAAAAAUAUUGAUUCAUCUGUGAUUGAUGAAUUUUCUGUGUUUGAUGCAUUAAGCUCUGGUAGUAAUUCAAACUCGUUUCAGUCUGAAGAGAUGAAAGCUCAGAUUGUUAAUCUGGAGCAGCAACUUCAAACAGAAACUGCUGAGAAACUUAAAGAAAGUGAAAUGCGAAUUACUUUGGAAAAAAGAGUCUUUGAUCUGGAGCAACAGCUGAUGGAAUUGCAGAAAGUGAAACAAGAAGAGUUGGAUGGUUUAACAGUUAAAAAUGUUAGUUUAAAUUCCUCUAUGAGUGAAGUCUGCCUUCAGACCUCAGGAUGUUUUUCUGAUAUGGAAAGUCUGAAAGAAUCUGCUGAUGUUUUUGUUCAAUCUGAAAAUAGUGAAAAAUUAGUAACCUCUUUUGAAGAUGGAUUGCAGUCACAUGAAAAGCAAGAUAAUGGUGAUGUAACUGCUUGUGUUUCACAAUGUGAACUGGAUAAAGCACUUUCUAAGCUAAAGAUCGUUCGAUCAGAAUGCAAAAACUUAACAAAUGAAAAUGAAAAUUUGAGGCUUGAAAUCGGAGUGCUAGAAUAUGAGCUAAAGGAAAAAGAUGAAAUUAACACAUUUAUUUCUUUAGAACAGAGCGAUCUGAAAAAUGAAAUUGCUACUUUAAAGGCAGCAACUGAUGAUGCAGAGUCAUUAAUUAGUCAAUUGAAGGCUGAACUGGAAAACAAAAGAAAGCAGCUAAGUCAGCAGGAAGAGUGGAUAUCAGAAUUACAGAAACCGGGUGAUAAAACUCUUUUACAACAGAUCUCUCAGUUCAAGCAGUCUUUAAAAGAUGCAGAAGCCAUGACAAUUGAUGCAAGGAAAGAAACAUCAUUUCUUAGAAGCGAAAAUCUGGAGUUAACUUCAAAAAUGAAUGAAAUGAGCAUCAAGUUUAAUGAAAUGGAAAAAAGCCUCCUUUUGCUACAGUCUCAACUGGAGAGUGAAAAAAUGCGCUACAAAAAAAUGCAAAGUGAUCUUCAGAAGGAGCUGAAUCAGGCAUUUGCUGAGAACACAAAGUUGACUUGUCUUUUGGAUGGCAAGGUUCCUAAAGAUAUAAUUGAACAAGUGGAAAUGGAAAAGGUUGUGUUUAGUCUCAAAAAGGAACUGGAACAAGCAUUGUCUGAGAAAGUGUGUAUACAAACUGAACUUGCUGCAGCUGCUUCACUCCAGGAUCUUCCUGAAAAAGUUGAGAUACUCUCAGAGCAGCUGAAGAACGCAUUAUUUGAAAAUAAAACACUUCUUCAAAAACAGCUUGAACUUUCAGCAGAAACUGAAGAAUUGAAAAUGGCUAGGAAGCGUCUGUCAGAUGAGUACAAUUCUGAAGAUGUGAAACCAGUGUAUAGGCAGCAUCAGGACCAGCAUACAAUGGAAAUGUUUGAUUCGGAUGAGCAGAAAGACAAGUUAGAUGGAGCAAAGGAAGAAACAGAAGAGCUAAAAAUGGAUGUUCAGAAGAAUACUGAAGAUUUGCAGAAGCUACUUGAUGAAGUUGCAUCUCUUACAAAAGAAAAAAAUGAACUUCUUGAGAUGAUCAAUUCACUGACCGCAGAGACAAAUGAAUUAAAAGCAGACAUGAAGGAUAGUAUUGAAAUGUCUAUUGAAGUUCAAGAAGAGCUGAGAACUGCACAAGAGGGGCUUAAACAGCAGCGUUCACUUGUCCGCAAGCUUAAAGCACAAAAUUUUGAAAAGGAUGAGAUUAUAGCUAGUCUGGAAGAGAAGAUGCUGAAAACUACAACACAUGAAGAUUUGGAGAAAUUGGUUAAGGAAGCCGAAGAGAAGACUGUAGAGCCAGUUUUAAUUAGGGAGCCUGAAGAGAAACUUGAUAAAGAAAUUCAAACCUCUCCGAAUUCAGAGGUCAAUCAAGUAACUGUUGAGUUGCCAUUGACAACCACAGAGCAAAACCAGCUUUUAAAUAAGACAUGUGAACAUUCUGAUAGAAUGUUAGAUGAAAUUUCAGCUCUUACAACUGAUAGAAAUAAUCUACAGCAAAGACUAGAGGACGUCCAAUGUGAACUACAUAAAUUGAGGAAAAAUGCAGAGCAGUCACUUAAUCCUUGUGAAUGGGACAAAGUUCUUCAGGAUAAAAGUAUGAUGGAGAAAGAACUGGAAAAUUGCAAAAAUGAAAAUCGUAUUACAUCCAAUGAGUUGAAAACAUUAAAGGUGAAAUUUGAAGAGCAAGAAAUAGUUUUGUUGCAGUUCAAAGAUGAUUAUGCACAUGUGAUGAAUGCAAAUGAUUGCCUCCAGAGGACUUUGGAUGAAACUGUAGCUGAGAACAAUCACCUCAAAUUAACAGUUGAAGAUGAUGUUCAGCAAGUAAAACAAUUGAUUGACGAACUACAAUUGGUUACUGUAGAGAGAAACCAGCUUUUGGUUCAAAUUCAGGAAUCUUCUGAUAAGUCAGAGUUUGAAAAGAAGCAACACAAUAUCUCUUUGCUUCAAACUGAAAGAAGUGAUCUGUGUAAGAAAUUGGAUGAUGUCCAAGCUGAACUAUCUGAACUGAGGAAAAGCACAGAGGGGUGCCAUAAUGCUACUGAAUGGAAAGAACUGUGUGCUGAGAGAGAUGACCUUCUCCAGAGUAAGACUAGGCUAACAGAAGAGCUGGAUAAAACUAAAAGCAAUAUCCAUGCCAUAUCCACUGAGUUAGAAAGAUUAAAGACAUCUGAGGAGCAAAAGAUUGUUCUUUUGCAACUUGAAGGUUAUAUGAAUUCGGUAAACACAAAUGAUUGUCUUCAAAAGACGCUAGAAGGCAGUUUAGGUGAGAGAGAUGCACUCCAAACAAAAGUUGAAGAUCACAUUAAUCAGUUAACACAAGUGAAAGAGGAGCUGCAGUUGGUCAUUGCUGAGAGAGAUCAACUUUUGAGUCAAAUUAAUGCAAUUUCAAAGGUACCUGAACUUGAACAUCUGCAGCAGCAGAUCUCUUUGCUCACGAAUGAGAAAAAUAGUCUCUCUAAGAAACUUGAUGAUGCCAAAGAUGAACUCUCUGAACUGAAGAAAAAUGCUGAGGGCUCACAUAAUGUUUCUGAAUGGAAUGAAAUAUGUAUUGAGCAAGAUAAUCUUCAAGCCAAGAGCAAUUUAGAAGAACUUGAGAAUACCAAAAAUACUGGAUCAGAUGAGCUAGAGUCGCUGAAUGUGAAAUUUGAGGAGCAAAAGGUGAUUUUGUUGCAGCUCAAAGAUGAUUAUGCACAUACAGUAAAUGAAAAUGAUCGUCUCCAAAAUAGAUUACAAGAGGCUGUAGCUGAGAGAGAUGCCUUCCAAUCAAAAGUUGAAGAUCGUACUCUGCAGGUAAAACAGGUGGCUGAUGAAUUGCAGUUAAUUACGACUGAGAGAGAUCAGCUUUUGUGUCAGAUUAAUGAAUCUUCUGCGGAGCCAGAAUUUGAAAAGAUGCAGCAACAAAUCUCCUUGCUGACCUUUGAGAGAAAUGAUCUCUGUAGAAACUUGGAUCAAGUGCAAGCUGAACUUGCCGAGCUAAUAAAAAGUACAAAGGGGUCACAUAAUGCUUCUGACUGGCAAAAGUUAUGUCAUGAGCGAGAUGGACUUCUACUCGAUAAAACCCAAUUGGCAGAUGAGCUGGACAAAAUUAAAAAUGAGAACUGUGGUGCACUCAGGGAGCUGGAGACAUUAAAAGUUACAUUUGAGGUGCAGCAAUUGGCUGUUUUACAGCUCAAAGAUGAUUAUGCACAUGUAACAAAUGAAACUGACCUUCUACGAAAUACUAUUGAAGAGGUUUUGGCUGAAAGAGAUCAGCUGAAAAUGAAAACUGAAGAUCUUAAUCAAGAGUGCAUUAAUACCCAGGAAGAUCUGAAAUCCACAACCGAGAAACUAGCAAAGCAAGGGGAAGAAUUUGAAAGUUUUAAAAGACAAGCAGGAGCAACAGAGUCACAACUACAUGAAAAGGUAAAUCAGAUAAAUGAUAAACUGGAAUUGGCUCUUGCUGAGCGAGACCAGUUAUACAACAAGCAAGAUGAAUCCACUAAAGAAUAUGAGCAAAAAUUAGGAAAACUGAUGGAAGAAUGUAUCUUGAUCACUAAUGAGAAAAACACAAUUCAAGCUCAAUUAAAUGAUGUCCAAGUGAAUCUAAGUGACUUGAGGAAGACGACUGAGGGGUGCCGUAAUGCUACUGAAUGGGAAGAACUGUGUGCUGAGAGAGAUGACCUUCUUCAGAGUAAGACUAGGCUAACAGAAGAGCUGGAUAAUACUAAAAGCAAUAUCCAUGCCACAUCCACUGAGUUAGAAAGAUUAAGAAAGACAUCUGAGGAGCAAAAGUUGGUUCUUUUGCAACUUGAAGAAGAUUAUAUGAAUUCAGUAAAAGUAAAUGAUUGUCUUCAAAAGACUCUAGAAGUCAGUUUGGAUGAGAAAGAUGCACUCCAAACAAAAGUUGAAGAUCACAUUCAACAGUUAACACAAGUGAAAGAGGAGCUGCAGUUGGUCAUUGCCGAGAGAGAUCAACUUUUGAGUCAAAUUAAUGAAAUUUCGAAGGUACCUGAACUUAAACAUCUGCAGCAGCAGAUCUCUUUGCUCACAAAUGAGAAAAUUAAUCUCUCUAAGAAACUGGAUGAUGCCCAAGAUGAACUCUCUGAACUGAAGAAAAAUGCUGAGGGCUCACAUAAUGUUUCUGAAUGGAAUGAAAUGUGUAUUGAGCGAGAUAAUCUACUUCAAGCUAAGAGCAAUUUGGAAGAAGAACUUGAGAAAAAUAUUGGAUCAGAUGAGCUAGAGUCACUGAAUGUGAAAUUUAAGGAGCAACAGGUGAUUUUGUUGCAGCUCAAAGAUGAUUAUGCACAUACAGUAAAUGAAAAUGAUUGUCUCCAAAAUAGAUUGCAAGAGGCUGUAGCUGAGAGAGAUGUCCUCCAAUCAAAAGUUGAAGCUCUUACUCUGCAGGUAAAACAGGUGGAUGAUGAAUUGCAGUUAAUUACGACUGAGAGAGAUCAGCUUUUGCGUCAGAUUAAUGAAUCUUCUGCGGAGCCAGAAUUUGAAAAGAUGCAGCAACAAAUCUCUUUGCUGACCUUUGAGAGAAAUGAUCUCUGUAGAAAUCUGGAUCAAGUGCAAGCUGAACUUGCCAAGCUAAUAAAAAGUACAAAGGGGUCACAUAAUGCUUCUGACUGGCAGGAAUUAUGUCACGAGCGAGAUGGACUUCUACUUGAUAAAACCAAAUUGGAAAAUGAGCUGGACAAAAUCAAAAAUGAGAACUAUGGUGCACUCAAGGAGCUGGAGACAUUAAAAGCUACAUUUGAGGAGCAGCAACUAUCUUUUUUACAGCUCAAAGAUGAUUAUGCACAUGUAACAAAUGAAACUGACCGUCUGCGAAACAAUCUUGAAGAGGUUUUGGCUGAAAGAGAUCAGCUGAAAAUAAAAACUGAGGAUCUUAAUCAAGAGUGCAUUAAUACCCAGGAAGAUUUGAAAUCCACAACCGAGAAACUAACAAAGCAAUGGGAAGAAUUUGAAAGUUUUAAAAGACAAGCAGCAGCAACAAAGUCACAACUAAAUGAAAAGGUAAAUCAGAUAAAUCAUAAACUAGAAUUGGCUCUUGCUGAGCGAGACCAGUUAUACAACAAGCAAGAUGAAUCCACUAAAGAAUCUGAGCAAAAACUAGGAAAGCUGAUGGAAGAAUGUACCUUGAUCACUAAUGAGAAAAACACAAUUCAAGCUCAAUUAAAUGAUGUCCAAGAGAAUCUAAGUGACUUGAGGAAGAAGACUGAGGGUUUACAUGAUGCUGCAGACUGGGAAAGAUUGUGUUCAGAGAGAGAUGAACUUUUAAAGAGCAAAGAUAUUCUAGAAGUAGAAUUGCAAAGAAUCAAGGAGGAAGGUAUCAUCACAUCCAAGGAGCUGGAGACAUUCAGAGCAACAUUUGAAGAUCAGGUGUUGACACUACAACAGCUGAAAGAUGACUUUACCAACUGUAAAGCUGCAAUUGAUAGACUUCAGAAGAUUAAAAAUGGUGUGGUUGAUGAGAGAGAUCUGCUAAAGAAAGAAAUUGAGGACUAUAUUCAGAAGUAUUUACAUGCUCAGGAUGAUCUGAGGAAUGCAAAAGAUGAGCUUAGGAUGAAUGAGCAAGCACAAGAAAAUUUAAAACGACAAUUUGCAGAGAAGGAGGCAGAAUUGAAUGAAAAGAUCAACCUGGCAGCUGUUAAGCUAGAAUCAGUGCUUGCUGAAAAAGACCAGCUUUGUACAAAGAAAAAUAAGUCCUCGAAGGAAUUUGAAUUCAGACUUGAUCAGCUGCUAAAACAGAUUACUUCACUUACCAAUGAGCGAGAUGAAGUGCUAAGGAGACUGGCUGAUGUGCAGAAUGAAUUAACUGAGCUGCAGAAGAGCACUGAGGGGUUGCAUUGUGCUGCUGAAUGGGACCAACUGUGUACUGAAAGAGAUGAAAUAUGGAGGAGUAAAACUGAACUGGAUGCAGAGCUGGAGCGCAUCAAAACUGAGUACCUUGUUACAACUAACGAGCUGGAGACCUUAAAAGUUACAUUUCAGGAUCAGAAACAGAUGCUGGUGCAGCUCAAAGAAGAGUAUGCAAAUAUGGUAACUGCAAGAGACGAACUCCAGAAAACGCUGGAAAGUGUAUCCAAGAAAAAUGUUGCUAGGAGGGAGGUUGGGGAACAUCUUGAGCAAACUCUGCCAAUGAACACCCAACUGGUGAAAAAAAUGCCACUGGACAUUGCUUGUGAGAAAACAGAUACACUUGAUGACUCAGUUAUUAAUCAUCUUCAGAGAGCUGAAGAACAGUCAAAGCAAAUAUUAGAUCAUAUUAAAAAGGUGAUGAAAGAAUUUCAAAAUAAGGCAACCAGUAAAGAAUCAAUAAAACUUGAGGACAUAAAAUCACAGAAUGAGGUUCUGGAUCAUUGGCUUUCUUCCAUCCCUACUUCACAAAAAACUUUUGAUGAUGUUAAAGCAGACAUUAAAAAAAAGCAUCAUCAAUUCAAAUUGCUUAUUAGAAAAAUAAUGGAGGGAUUUGAAGUUUAUUCUGGAAAAAUAGUUGAUCAUUAUACAGAGGCAUUACACUUUGAACAAAAAUACUUUGAAGAGAUCAAGAAACAGUAUUUCCUUUCACAAAUCCUGAUGCUCAACAAUAAUAGCAGUACAACUGAAAUCUUUGAAAGAACACUCUUGCCUGAACUACUUGAAAAGCAACAAAUGCACUUUAAGGAAAUUAAACAGGUUUUAGGAGAACUGGACACAUUAUUUGUUAAAGUAGGCUUGGAAGUAAUGCAUUGUCCAGAGGAACUGAAAGCUGAUCUUUCUGGUUUUAAUCCGUCUGAAUCCAACAGUUUAAAGAUAAAAGCCUUGUUUAAAGAACAAAGUAGUAAGAUGUGGCAGCAAAUUGAAAAAGGAGUACACACAAUUGGGGUCCUCAGAGAACUAAACUCAGCAUUUAAGAAAAAAAGACAAAUCUUCAAAUGUUCUUCAGAAAAAAGCUUGGAGGAAGAGAAAAAGAAGACUUCCUCUCUCACUUGGCAAUUGGCUAGUUCCUACAAAAGUGAAUCUCCUGAUAGUAACACAACAAUGUUGACACAAGAAAAUGAGAAGCUGCUGAAUAAGAUUGUUCAAAAGGAAGUUGAACUAGAGCAAUUGACAUUAACAAUAAAAGACCUUCAAAGAGCCCAUGUAAAAGCUGAAGAAAAUGUUGCUGCCCAGGAGAAAGAGCUUAAAAAACUGCUAAGUAAAAUAACAGAGCUACAGACCCAACUGAACAAAAAAGACAUGGCCACAAAAGAUCUUGAGGAUCAGCUUCGCAAACUUCAGCUUAAAUUUAAGGAAGGUGCAGGUCCUUUAAUGGAAGAAAUUGAAACACUAAAGACCCAGCUUGUACGAAUGGAUCUUGAGCGAACAGGGAUAGCUAGAACCCAUGAACAGCAAAUUAAUUGUUUCAAAGCAGCGUUGCAACUGAAGGAAGAUGCAUUAAGAGAUCUCAAGGAAAACCUGCGUAGAUGUCAGCAGCAGCAAGAACAGUCAUUCAUUGAAGAAGCCAACACAACUUCAAGACCUUUUGCCAGUGGGGGUGGCAGUGGAAUUGUGCAGAGCACCUUAGUCCUGAUUCUUAAGUCGGAAAAAGCUAAACUUGAGAGUGAAGUGCUGAAGCUGAAUAAGAAAAAUAAACACCUUGAAAGUGCUGUCUCAUCCCUUCAAGAGGAACUGUCUAAAUGGAAAGUGAGAGCAAGGAGGAUGGGAGAAAAUUUUAAGAAAUCUCAACUGCCUCACACUCCAUCUCCACAGAGGAAGACCAUUUCUGAGGCAACAGUGCUCAGUCCUCAAAAAGACAUCCAAUCCACAUAUAUACACCGAAGUGGAUCAACUCAGUUCUUUGACAAUUCUAAACUAGAAGGACUUACAGAUGAAAAUCCAGCAGUUGAGGCAAACAAAAAUGAACAAAACUGGUGGUCAUCUGCUCCACAGAAAGGAAGCGAUGCACCGGAAUGCAAAACUCAAUAAGUCUACAAUGUUUAUGUAUAUGAAUUUGUCUGUUUGCUCUUGUUGUUUUUAAUUGGUUUUUAUUUGUUCUAUUAUCAUAUUAAAGGUUUAUUGUUUUAAUAUAUAUGUAAAUUCUAAACUCCCUGUCUUUCUCAACUUUUUUUUUUU